CUUGUUCUUGUUCUGAGAUAGCACGUGUGUGCUUGUCAUUGUUGUGAGCACGAGUGUCUUCGGCUUUUCAAACUUGACAUUGGCAGUUUUGUAAACGAUACUACCAAUCACAACAAAGUGGAAUAUGGUGGAAUAGUUUAUUGGUCUCUGGUGGAAUUGGAACUAGAUAUGUGAAAAUUAAAAAUUUAUAAUGCUCUUGGAGAUCUGACAUCAGUCACGCUCAGAAGACUUUAUAAGGCAUUGAAAAUUUGUUUAGCAAGAAAAUGUCCCGGAGCGGUUAUUUGCCACAAACCGAGCCAGUAACUGAAGAUACCGUACAGUGUUUCUUCUUUUUUACAUCUUUACCUGAAACAGAUACAUGCUGGCAACAGCGAUGCAGUGAUAUGAAUAACACUAUAAAAAAGAUAUCUAAGAAUUACAUAUGGCAUAGAGAUGAAUUUAAUAUAUAUCAACCAAUAAGUAAUACCACAGUCAAUGAUAUCCCACAGCACCUUGCCAGCUACACAUGCUUUGGUGACAAUGUGGAAGAUGAGUGGUUCAUUGUAUACAUUAUUCUUCAGUUAACAAAGCAAUAUGAUGACUUGAUUGUCCAAGUGAGAGAUAACGAUGGUGAAUUCCUAUUGAUUGAGGCUGCCAAUCUAUUGCCUUCUUGGGCAAAUCCAGAAAACACAGACAAUCGAGUUUUCAUUGCCAACAAUCAUAUUCAUAUCAUUGCACCAGAAUCACAUAAUUUGGAAUCAAAAUUGAAUUUAAAUGAUGCUUUAAAAAGGGUUUCAAACAAACAAACAUAUGUAUCUGCAGAUAUUGAUCAGGCAAUAUUGUCCAGAAUUGGCGACUAUCCAAGAAAGAUUGAAUAUAACAUGCAUAAAGCAGUUGUAUGUUUACCAGCCCCUAUUGCUACACUGCUAUUGUUAAAACCGGGUCUCAUUGCACCCAUAGUUUGUGCAUAUUGUAACCAUGAUAUAUUAGAUACAAAAGCUUGUAAAAAUGUUUCAUUAGAAAAUUGUGUCACUGUUACAGUAACAUUUACAAAGUUUCUUUAUGCAAUGUUGAUGCAUUCCAAACUUAUACAGUGUAACAGUAAAUACAAAUUUAUAUCUCAGAAAAAUAAAAGGGAUGUCACUGGUUAUAAGAUCGCUUGUGGCUUUGAAAUGAUCAAGCACUCAUCUAGAGACAUUUUUUCUACAAAAGAAUAUAAUAAAUUUAUAUCCAGUUUAAAAGAAAAUGGUUAUUUCAAAAGCAAUAUUGAGGGCUCAAAGGACUACACUACACUAUUAGAAAAAGCUAACCGUUUCUUCUCUAAUGUAGAAUGUCCAGUGAAUUUACAUGUUUCAAAUCAGAUAACAAAACUAAUGUCUACUAAUGAGUAUGCAAGUGAAGUGAAAAAAAUUCAAGUGAAUAGCUUGCCUACUUCAGAACUAUGUGAAGACAAUGAGGAUUGGUUGAAUAUACAACCUGAUCAGUUGAAUAAUUUUUUAAACACUAACUAUGGUAAUAAAACAAAACUACAAAAAGAUGAUGUCAUUACUCCUGAAGUAAUUACCUCUGAAUUGAGAAAUUUUCUGACAAGAUCAUCUGAUUUUGAGGGAAUUGAAACCAAUAAUGAAGAUGACAACAACACACACAUAGAUUUUGAUGCUGAUGAAUUCAGUAAUUGUUUAAAAAAUAUGAUGAACUUAUUAACGACUGAAACUGAAAUCAAUGACUCAAGUUCGGAAUCAAAUGAUCCUAACGAAAUAGAUGAGGAUUUGCUCGAAUUUGAAACUACUUAUGAUAAUGAAAUGGAUGUAGAACUAAAAACUAAACUAAAUGGCAAUCAUAAAGAUGACCUAUAUAGUAAUCAUUCAAUUUCACAAAACAUAAUUCAAAGCUUAAAGGAAGAGCAGGCAUUAUCAGGCCCUUCUAGUAAUUUACUGAAGGCAAUUGGUAUUAAUAAAAGAGAUGUUUUAGACUCUGAUGAUGAUUAAAAUGAGUGCAAAAAUAUUGUGUGAAAUUGUGAAUUACAAAAAAGUACAUAAUUUUUUUUAAAUUUAUCUGUACUUGCUUAUUAUUGUUCUCUACACUUUCCAAAUCAAAUUAUCUACACUUAGGCCGAUAUUCUGUUCAUGCCGUGUUUACAUUUUAUUUGAUGCAUGUUAAACGUUUACUGGGGAUCACGUAACAGUUAUUUUGUCUAGUACAUGCUGUAGUAGUGCUCUAGUAGUACUGUUUGACUUACGCAGGUCGCGCUGCCGAAUGCUAGUGCAGCACAACAUAUCCGCGAAUGACGGCCACACUGGUAAAUAGUCCAUUGUUUUGGCGCCGCAAUGUGUUAAGCAUAAUAAGUUUUGAAAUAUUUAGUGGCAAAAAUAAAAUGUAUAAACAUUUGA